AUGUUGAUUAUUUUCUAUAAUUUCCAUGGGAUCUAUUCCUGUGGUUGCUAUGGAUCAGCAAGUUGUACUCUAAAUGGAACUCAAUGUAAUUAUCAAUCGAAUGAAUCGUGUUUAUGUGAUUGUUGUCCGCCCUGUAAUACUUGUGAACAAUUUCUAAAAUUCAAUUGUUUAGCUAGUCGAUACAUAAAACAUUACACUUUAUCUGAAAAUAAAUCCGAUAUUAUAACUAAAAUAAAUGUACGAAUGAAACCAGAAUAUAUUAUUGAUGAACGAACUGGAGGUGUAGUUCCGUAUCUUUGGGAUCCCUGUUUACGUCGAUUACUUCCAAAUGGUAUUUAUUUAAAAAAUGAUAAUAAUGGAAAAUAUAAAUUAAUUGGUGUACCGAAAGAAAAAUUAGAAAAAACUUAUUUUGAAAUUUUAUUUAAAGGACCCGUUAGUCAGAUUGUCACAGUUAGUUUUACAAUAACCAUCCUUUAA